AUGUCACGUCAAAUGAGACAGUCAGACAUCGAAGAUGAGCUUCGAGAAGCAUUCAGAGUUUUCGAUCGUGAUACAGAUGGAUUUAUUACACCAAACGAACUUCGUUCAUUAUUAAUUAGCUUAGGUCUCGACUCAUCUGCAGAAGUUGUUCGUCGAAUGAUUAACGAAGCAGAUAAGAACAGAGAUGGAAAGAUUGACUAUGCUGAAUUCCGUGCCCUUGCUCUCGGAAAGUAA